UUUUCAUAGACUGGCUUUCCAAACAGGUUUCCUAGCAUCUUAGGUGAGUCACGGAUUUUUAAAGGGCGACCACAGAUUUAUGGGUUUAAACUUGUUAUGUUCCAGUUCAUUAAACACACCCUGCUGAUAGCCAAACGUUCCCUUCUUUAUACAGUGCAGCCCAUCUGGGCCAUGCCUGAGUCAGUCCCCAUGAGCAUUGCUUUGAUAUCUUUGUGGCCACUGGGUUCUCUAGCACAGAAAGACCUUCCAGGUUCAUCUUAUUCAUCCCUCCUCCUUCCAUCCAAGGCUGCCUUUUAGAAGAGUUUCUCUCGCUCCGUAAGCAAUUCGGUGUUCAGAGACCAAUGUGUGGACUUUAGGAAAACUUGUCGCUGUUCAGUUAAACCUCUGUGUCGAGGCUUUGUCAGUGGACAGAGCUAAGAAAUAUUUUGAUUAUUUUUAAGGCGAGAUAAGUAUAAACAGACACUUUUGGUUAAAUUCAGUUCCAUACUAUGUCUACUUAAUCUCAAUCAUGAUCGCUGCACCCCAAUACGCAGUAGUAGUCAGUCAUUCAAUUCCCCAUCCUCAGACACACAGCACUAGCUGGCAGGGCCAGUGCCAGCCAUGGUUGCUGAAAACAGUGCAGAAUUGUGUAAUAUUUUUACAGUUUUUGGAUUGUAUUUAUAUAUAGGCAAAACAGCAUUUUAAAAAAAAUUGGAAAUGAUUAAUAAAAACAAUGUUUUUGGUCCUUUUUGCUAGCAGGUUGAAAUGACUGGAUUUCAUAAUCACUUGUAAGAGUGGGCAGGUUGUGUUAUCCACUGAUAAUACAGGUCAGCUAGUGUUGUUUUUCUGUCGCUGUUAAGAAUUCUUAAAAUUUAGUUUUGUACGGCCUGGUAUGGUAAUACACACCUUUAACCUUAGCAAUCAGGCAGAGACAAGUGGAUUUCUGAAUUCCAGGAUGGCCUGGUUUAUAUAGAAUUCAAGGCCAGCCAGAGCUAUAUACCGAGACUCUAUUUCAAACAAGACAAAACAGCAGCAACAAUGAAACCACAGGGCUAGAGAGAUGGCUCAGAGGUUAAAAGCACUUACUCUUUCAGAGGACCAGAAUUUGAAACUUAGCACCGAUAUUGGAUGGCUCACAACCAUGUGAAACUCUAGGUACCCAAUGCUUUCUUCUGCCUCUGAAGACAUCCAUGCAUCUCUCUCUCCUUCCCUCCUGCAUCCCCUCCCUCCUUCUCUCUGACACACACAUACAUAAAAAUAAUAAAUCUUUUAAAAAUAGCUUAAUUUGGCAAUUACAAUGACAUGUAUGUGUCUCUAAAGCAAAUCUACAAACCCAGAUGUAUUCACUGAAGUCUAGUGUCUGCUCCUGUCUCUUCACCCCUUUUACACCCUCUGACUAAUAACAUAAUCAAAAACAAUAUAGUUAUCUUUGGUUUAAAGGUGUGUGUCACCAUCUCCUGGUAUUGUUUUUAGUAUAUAUAAUUUAUAUAUGAAAUAUAAAUAGGAUAUCUCAUAUGUAAAAACACAAAAUUACUGGGCAUGAUAACACAUACCUGUAACUUUAGAACUUGGGAGAUAGAAGCAGGAGUUCAAGGCCAGCCUCAGCUAAAUGAAACUCAGUCUCCAGAAGAAAUAAAGCCAAACAAACAAACAAGCUUCAUAAGCUCCUGGCUCCAUAUAAACAAGAUAUAAAUUAUCUGGGCAUGGUGUCACACACCUGUAAUUGCAUCCCACUGAGGCAAAGGAGCAUGAGUUUUAGACUAGCCUAGGUUAUACAGUGACAUCCUGUCUUUAAAACAUUAAAUUAAGGAAAAGUAUAAAAGUGAAAAGAAUAUAAAUUGUCUGGGUCUGGAGGCACAGGCAUGUUUUCCCAGGCUGACCCAGAGGCUAAUACCAGGAGAUCACAACUUCAGGGCCUAUCCUGUGUGAAAGUCAAAGGUAAAAGGAGGGCUUGGAUUGUAGCCCAGGGGUAGAACACUUACUGAGCAUGUGUGAGGUACCAGUACACUCCAUCAAACCCAUAUACAUACAUACCUACAUAUACACAUACAUACAUGCAUACAUACAUAUGUGUAUCCACCCAUACAUACAUACAUAUACAUACAUAAACAUGUUUAGAAAUAGAUUUGUUUUUUUGUUUUCCUAAACAGGGUUUCUCUGUGUAGCCCUGGCUGUCCUGGAACUUGCUCUGUAGACCAACCUGACCUCGAACUCAGAGAUUUGCCCACUUCUGCCUCCCAAGGGCUGGAAUUAAAGGUGUGCACCACCACUGCCUGGCCCAGAAAUAGAUCUUAGACACAGAAUGUCUUCUUGUUUCUUAUGGCUAUGCAGUGUUCUAUGGCACCAGAAUCCUUCCUUCAACCAGAGCCCUGCAGAUUGAAGUUUGAGGCUUAUAGGUUGUUGCCACUCUGGUCUGCACCACAAUGUUCACCCUAAAACAUUUGCUUGUCACUUUCUCACUGCCUGUGGCUGAUUCCCGGAUAAGGGGUUUUUGGGGUCAAAUGAUAAUUACAGCCCUCAUUUUGCUCAGCAUGGCCAAGUGCCCCCACUGGGGUUUGUAACAUCUUAGCAAUCAAUGAGUCAUACCAGAUGUCUCUCUGAGAUUGUCUCAGACUCCUGGACUUGUGCCCGUGUGAGGGAACAGUCAUGGUGCUGCAGAGAAUUGGUGAUUUGUAUCUGUCUUUUCUCGAUUGUGCUGGGGACCAUUUUCAUAUCUGUAGCAGCCCAUGUAACACAUCUUCUUCUGCUUCCAUUUCUAUCAUCAGCCACAUCUUGCUCAACCUCAGAGGAAGUGGCUCAGAGAGCUGGUGACCCGGGUAGAGGAAAGGGUGCUGUGAGAACCCUCAGCUCUGUGUUUCUCAAGAUGGCUGCCUCAGUUGUCUGUGAUACUGAUUAAGCCAACCUCUGGCCCAUCCAAGACACGUUACCUUAGUCUACCCAAGCAAAAGGCUGAUGUCCUGAUGGGAGAGAUAGAAAAGUCCCUCACAGAGGGACCAGCCCCUCUUAGCUAGUGUCAAGCUUCUGGGUGGUGACCAUUCCACUUGGAGCAGAGUGACAUGUUCACUACCCACAACCCUCAUGAGCUGGCUUGGUUUUGUUUUUGUUUUUCAAGACACCAUUUCUCUGUGUCGCCCUGGCUGUCCUGGAACUCACUCUAGACCAGGCUGGUCUCGAACUCUCAGAGAUCUACCUGUCUCUGCCUCCGGAGUGCCGUGAUUAAAGGCAUGCGCCACCACCCCUCGGACUGAGCUGGAAUUUUUCCUCUAGUCUGAGAUCUCUGCCACAGUUCAGGACCUGUAGGCUUUCUUCCAGCAGCCUGUCGGGAUUCUGGAUUAAGGGGGUAACUAGAGGGGCCCUCAGACUAGAGGUGGGUUGAGUGGGGAAAACUCUGCCAGAAAGGUAUGACGUGUUCAUGAAACUCCCUUGAGACAGUGGGUGGUUAGAGGGUUGUGGUGGGAGACAGCAUCCCCAGCAGUGGGGCUCAUGUGAGGUCAGAAGUCAGCCUUCCAGUCAGAGAAAGGGGAAGGAGGACAGAGAGUGUGAAUAAGCAAUUCAAAGGGCGACGAGGCUCUGAAGAGGCAGGAACCCUUCGGCCUGGAGAGCACCCAAGGUCCUAUCCCACUGUCCCGGAGGGAGUCCCAGAUGAGUGUGCGGCAGCACUGAAACUGAGCGGCACUUUGGGAGGGCCCAUCUGGAGCAGAAGAGCGCUGCCUGAGGUGUCGUCAGAAGUGGCAGGUACCAGCUUCCCUUCCAGAAAUCCCCAGUUUUUUAACCCAGCCUCAGGACUGGGAAAGCAGUGCAGGCAGUGGGGGCGGGGAGCUGCCACCUCUCUGUUGAUGUCGUCAAUAAGCCCCACAGCCUACUCAGCUUACAGGCAGGCUGCUUGAGACACACAGUCUGCUGUGAGGCUGGCCGUCCUCAGCCCCCCCGCGAGAAACAGCUCCAGGACCAUGAAUGCAACUUGCAACAGCGACAACCUGUGGCCUAAUGCGCUCUACUACGUCUUUGGCGUCUACUUGGUCUUGCUGCUGGUGCUGGGCCUGCUGCUCAACGGCCUGGCGCUCUGGGUGUUCUGCUGUCGCAUGCGCCAGUGGACGGAGACCCGCGUCUACAUGACCAACCUGGCUGUGGCUGACCUCUGCCUGCUCUGUUCCCUGCCAUUCGUGCUACACUCCCUGAAACACACUUCAGAUACACCAGUCUGCCAGCUCUCACAGGGCAUCUACCUGGCCAACAGAUACAUGAGCAUUAGCUUGGUCACUGUCAUUGCCGUGGACCGCUACGUGGCAGUGCGGCAUCCCAUACGCGCCCGUGAGCUGCGGUCCCCAAGGAAGGCUGCCGCAGUGUGUCUGGCCCUCUGGGUGGUGGUGCUCUCUUCCCUGGUAGUGCGCUGGCACCUGGGGCUGCAGGAGGGUGGCUUCUGCUUCAGGAACUAUGGCCGGCACGGUUUCAGCACUAUUGCCUUCUCACUGCUGGGCUUCUACCUGCCCCUGGCCAUCGUGGUCUUCUGCUCUUUGCAGGUUGUGACCGCGCUGGGGCAGAGGCCGGCCACUGAUGUGGUGCAGGUAGAGGUCACCCGCAGGGCCACCCACAUGAUCUGGGCCAACUUGGCAGUGUUUAUCAUCUGCUUCCUGCCACUGCAUGUGGUCCUGACAGUGAAGUUCUCCCUGGGUCUGAGCACCUGUGCUGCCCACUUCACCUUUAGCCGUGCCCUGUCCAUCACAGGCAAGCUCUCAGAUGCCAACUGCUGCCUGGAUGCCAUCUGUUACUACUACAUGGCCAAGGAGUUCCAGGAUGCAUCCAUGUCAGCCCUGUCCUCCAGUACUCCCCACAAGAGCCAAGAUUCUCAGAGCUUGACCCUCACCUAGAAGCAAGCAUGCGCCAUGGACCAGAGGAACCUGUGAUAUUAUCAAGGAGCCCCCAAAUCAUCCUGAACCUGACGUGGGUUUUGAACACUCUAGGAAGCUCAGGCGGCCUAGAGAGAUUGUAUCUGCUCCCCUGAAGAGACCAGAGGACUGAGACUAAAGACCAACUUGAAGGACCCUGGAACCUGCCACCUUGGACCUAGAACCCCCGAGGCACCAGAAUGGGGCCUUGAUGGCCAGCCACUGGGUUUAGAACAGAGCUCUCCCCUGGACACACCUGACAGGGCCCUCGGUGUCACCCAGAUGCAAGUGGUGAGAUGUUAAGAAGAAACAAAGAGCUCAAAGAGCCAGGAGAUCUCUUCUGAGAGGACCGUCUAAUGGCUGCCUCCUCUAGAGACCUCCAGACUUCAUGCUUCCUGUAGGGGUAGGCAGGAGGGCAGUGGCUGUGGUCUAGAAGGUUGUCCUCUAUGGCACAUGGCUGUCAGUGUUGCUCAGGCUCCGUAUUUGGGGGGUUCCAGUUCAGGAGACUUCUUGGUCAUAAAGCAAUGCUCAACAUAGUAGCACGCUGCUGUUGAAGCCCUGAGCCUCUUGGUGAUGUUUCCAUUUUAUAGUAGGCCUGUUGAUCAUAGGGUCAAAGGCUGUGGUGGUAGUCUGCUGGAGUUUGUUGUUAGGAAGAUUGACAUUUGGCCUGGUACCUGCACUCUCUGGGGAUGUGGCCUGUAAGGAUCGGCUUCAAAGCCAGCUCAGGGGCUGGAGAGAUGGCUCAGAAGUUAAGAGCACCAGCUGUUCUUCCAGAGGUCCUGAGUUCAAUUCCUAGCAACCACAUGGUGGCUCACAACCAUCUAUAAUGAGAUCUGGCGCCCUCUCCUGGUAUGCAGGCAGAACACUAUAUUCAUAAAUAAACCUUAAAAACUAGCAAAUUAACAAACAAACCAAAGCCAGCUCAGAGCCAGAGCACAUUUGGAGGUGUUCAUAGUUCUGGCCUUUCUCCCUUUGAGCUUUAUCUUUUGUCUUGAUCCAAAUGCUGCAGCCAGAGCCCCACCAACUGGGAGUUCCUCUCCAGACUCCAGACUCCCACUUCAUCCUGCUCUUAUUGGUACCUCUUUUGUAUGACCUUUUCUGCAGAAACCAAACGUCUGUUUGCCCUCCAGACACCAAAGAAAAAAUUCUACCCAAAUCCAGACAAGUGAACCAGUUUUCUGGAGUCACUUACCAAAGCUUGGUGACUCCAUCACUGAGAAGCCUCACUCAGUGUGGGUGACAACUCACAAAAACAGCACCACUAGAUGACCAAUCCCUAGGAAAUGUCCACCUCGUAUAGACCUGGAUACCCGCUCCAGACAAGAUGCAGAUGGGGGUCAGGGGGAGUGGUGGCUGGAACCUCAGGGCUGCUGACCCUCAUGUCCCUGUAAAAGGGAAUGCUAACAGCUUCAGGACCAACAUCAGUCUGUUUUCCACAGUAAUUUUGCUAAUUUCAUUGCCACGACUGUGGGCCAAGGUCUUCAGUGAAUCAUAGCAGCAGUGUUCUUGCUCAUGGCUGAUGAUCAUGCUAAGCUAGAGGAAAUGGCUUUCCUACCACACUUGACCGCUCUUCCUUCAGCUCCCCUUUCCACACUCUGCAAUAUUCUCCGAACCUUUGCCUUGGAAGGUAUGAUGUAUCCAUAUAUAUCUAUAUAUAAAUAUAUAAUAUACAUGUGUGUGACUGUGAUUCUUUUCUGAGUAUUAUGCCUCUAGACUAUAAGAACAGACACUUUCUCUAAAUGGCCUGACCACAGUAGAAGAAACAAAGGCUCAGGAGAGAAAGAAAUAGAUCAUUUGGGCCCCCCCCCCCAGCAUCUCCUAGUGUGUAGCAGUAGGCUCCCUGCCCACAACACCAGCAGAGCACCUACCUUUAUGAAGAUAGCCCUCUACCUUCCUCAUCCUCUUUGUAACCACAGUUUUUAGGACAUCCCAUGCUCCCAUAGGCUAGACUUGAUCAACUGUCAGGAUGCUGAAGAAAUGAAUGGGAAGUGAAGGACAGUAUCUUCACACAGAAGCUUCAAAGUUAGCAUGCUAAAAAAAAUAUGAAGCGGCAGUGAGAAGCCUCAUCUGGUGGAGGUGCUUUCAAUCAAGUCUGACAUUCUGAGUUCACACCCUGGAACCAGCACAACCACAAGUUGUGCUGUGGCCCCACACAUACGAUAGAUAGAUAGAUAGAUAGAUAGAUAGAUAGAUAGAUAGAUAGAUAGAUAGAUAGAUAGAUAACAGAUAAAAAUAGCAUAGUAGGAAACCCUGUAGGCAAAGAGGAAGAUUGAACCCCAUACCUACCACUACUGACCAAGGCCAGCUAGAACUGGUGAGAGCCAUUGGAGUGGGUGCUGGGACACUCGAGAGCAUCUGAAUAUGACCUCUGACUUGUUAAAAACUGCAUGUGACAGAGCAUUCGUGAGAAAGCUUAUGCUACACAAAUAACUUCCCCAAAGCACUCUGUGUGUACUGGUUGGUUUUGUUUUGUUUUGUCAAGAUAAGCUAGAGUCAUUUGAAAAUAAGGAACUGCAAUAGAGAAAAUGUUUCUGUAGGACUGGCCUGUAGGCAACCCUGUUUUCUUAAUGAUUAAGU